CACCGUUCCUGCUUAUCGAUAAGGAAGUUGGUGGGGACCUCUGGUGGCUCUCUCUCAUACCUUCACUAAGGUAGAUUCUAUCAAAUGAAAUUGUAAGUCUACUGGUGAUUGAUUGCGAAACUGGCAAAAUGAAGCGUGAAUAUCUUCCUAUUGAGACUUUGCCCUCAUGGACAAGACUCAAUGGCGUCUCUGUCGACGGCGUCUCUUUCUGCAAGCUGCGAACCGAUGAUGGUAUAGACAAGGGAUGUGCGAUAGUAGCGACAGCAGAAUUUUCCAACAAAAGCUCAGACAUUGAAGGAGCGGGCUUGGAAACUCUCCUGCGGGUCCCAUCUGAUAUGAUAUUGUCGCAUCGGUUGGUUGAAGACCAUGCCAAGUCUGAUCGGUAUCUGCGCGAAGUCCUGGAAGCCGUCGGUGAUUUCGGCAGAACAGCUAGGGGUGCGAUCUUAAUCUUCUUAAUUCUCCAAAUCACAUACUCUAGUCCAGACUUCGUAGACGAGCAUCGUCGCAUUGGGUUAUCUAACCCUUGGACCGAAUACAUACAAUACUUACCAUCUUCGAUAGCGCUGCCCACAUUUUACACAGCAGAGGAACGGGAGCUGCUGCGCGGUACAUCCCUGAAAUUGGCGGUGGAUGCAAAGAUUGCCUCUCUCGAGCAGGAGUUUGAGUACUUACAGCAAUCGACAGAACACAUAUCUUGGUGCCAAAGGCAUUGGUGGGAUGGGGAUACAGGAAAGUUCACGAUUGACGACUGGAAAUAUGUCGACGCUAUGUACCGAUCCCGUAUGGUGGAUUUGCCGGGGUCUGGCCAUGCGAUAGUCCCAUGUAUUGACAUGGCUAACCAUGCACCUGAGGAUACCGUGAAAGCUUUAUAUGAACAGGAUGCGGAAGGAUAUGCAGUUCUGCAGUUACGGGCGGGGUGUACACUCCAACCGGACGAGGAGGUUACUAUAACAUAUGGAGAUGAUAAACCAGCAUCCGAGAUGAUAUUCUCGUACGGAUUUCUCGAAAAGGAGAGACAAAGUGCAAAGCAGAUGCUUCUUGACCUGGAUAUUCCCGACGACGAUCCUCUGAUAAUGGCCAAGAAACGGUUUUGCAAGGCACCGUCGGGAAUUCGGCUAUUUGAUGUUCCUACAACGGAAACGGGUAGCACUAGUUGGGAUAGCCCGUUUGUCUGGUGGCUUUGUGUGAAUCAGGAGGACGGGCUUGGAUUUGAAGUACUGCAGACUACUGAUGGGGGUAGAGAGCUUAAAGUUAGUUGGAAGGGGGAGGAGAUCAAAGAGCCUAGUGACCUGAAGACUCGUUUGGUUAGCGACCCUCUAUGGGAUAUCUUCCAGCUUCGGGCCGUAGUAACGGUACUGGAUCGGCUAGAGUCUCAAUUUCUCCUUCUUCGAGAGACCCAGAUCAUGAUUGGAGAGGUCAGUCAGAAUGAGGAUAUGCUUGCCCUCUUCCGGCCUGAGGUGUUUAGCACCAUCAACAGCCUACGUGAACUGGAGGGGAGGCUAUUGGAGAAGGGAAUCGAGGAUUUAGUACAGCAGAGACAAGAUCUUAUGACGAGUGAGACGGUUGCUGCGUAUCUCACUCAGCAACGGUCUGAUGAGGUUGAGGAGGAUUUCUCAUGACCAUUCGUCGAUGUAGAUAGCAAUAGGACACGAGCUCUUCGAACCCAGACGCCACCACACUUGAGUCAUUGAUAUUAGUAGAUUGUUAUCGAUCACUUAUCCAUACCGAGAUCGGUGGUCGUUUGAGUUUCACCAUACCCACUGCGGAGGUCGAUCAUUCAAUUAAAAUGAACAUGGACUGUGGAGAACCCCAGUUGGGGUAAGUAGAAAGGAAGAGGUCGGAGGUUCCAAAUCCAUGGCUUAUUCUAGACCAAUGGUCGAGAUCGUGGCGAGACAAACCCCUUUCGAGUUCUAUGACGUGUGCGGACCAAUCGAACCAGACGGACCUGGAUCCGAGUAUGUCCUUGAGUAGGGUACUGCAUAGCUCCAGGGGAAAUUCCCCCUUUCUUGCUUCAUGAUUGGGAGUUCCGUUUCGAUAGUUGUUCUCUUGCCAUGUGGCCAUGUGACAGUCUCCUGGUUGAUAUGAGUCCAUUCUGCAUCAAGCACACGUAUCUUGAUCUGCUCUCUUGAGGUGGCUGGAGGGCUGAAACCCAACGCCCUCGACCAGGCAAAUAUCAUUUUGAGUCUAAUAUCAUAGCGUCAAAUAGUAGAUGCAUGACCCGUUACCCUAUCCUGGAAAUGGA